AUGGCCUCCAAAUUUCCCUCCUUUUCUCCAACGGUCACAAUAAUCUUCUUCUCCCUCUGUUGUGCCCUCUUGCUCAACUCAGCUCACUCCUCCGCCAUCGGAAUCGGCUACAUUUCGCGCCUUCUAGAAAUUCAGGACCGCGAGAGGGCUCCACCGUAUGUCCAAGUCGCAGCCGCUCGUGGAGUCCUUCGCCGCCUCCUUCCUUCCCACUCUUCCAGCUUCGACUUCCAAAUCGUCUCCAAGGAGCAAUGUGGGGGUGCUUCUUGCUUCAUGAUCAAGAACCAUCCUUCUUUCCGUAGACGAGGAGAUCCUCAAAUUCUAAUUUCUGGGGUCACUGGAGUGGAGAUUUUGGCUGGUCUGCACUGGUACUUGAAGUAUUGGUGUGGAUCACAUAUAUCAUGGGAUAAAACUGGUGGCGCGCAACUAUUUUCAGUGCCGAAAGCAGGGUUACUCUCCCGGGUACAAGAUGCUGGCAUUUUGGUCCAGAGACCUGUUCCUUGGAACUACUAUCAGAAUGCCGUUACUUCUAGCUGGUUGUGUGAAAUAUUUGUGGGUGGGGGCUGGUUGGCUUUUCCCCAAUCUUGGCGUGCAGGAGCUUCAUGGGAAAAGGAGAUUGAUUGGAUGGCCCUCCAGGGGAUCAAUUUGCCUCUAGCGUUUACAGGGCAAGAGGCUAUUUGGCAGAAAGUUUUCCAGAAAUUUAACAUAAGUACAUCAGAUUUGGAUGAUUUUUUUGGAGGCCCCGCUUUCCUUGCAUGGUCUCGUAUGGGAAAUUUACAUGGAUGGGGUGGACCUCUACCACAAAGUUGGUUUGAUCAACAGCUGAUUCUGCAGAAGAAAAUUCUUGUCAGAAUGUAUGAACUUGGAAUGACUCCAGUCCUUCCAGCCUUUUCUGGAAAUGUUCCUGCAGCACUCAAAACUAUAUAUCCAUCAGCAAAGAUAACACGCUUAGGAAAUUGGUUUUCGGUUAAGAGUGACCCCAGAUGGACCUGCACUUACCUGCUUGAUGCAACUGAUCCCUUAUUUGUUGAGAUUGGGAGAGCAUUCAUCGAGGAACAACUAAAAGAAUAUGGAAGGACCAGUCACAUAUACAACUGUGAUACUUUUGAUGAAAAUACUCCACCUGAUGAUGAUCCAGAGUACAUCUCUUCAUUAGGUGUAGCAAUCUUUAGGGGAAUGCAAAGUGGAGAUAAUGAUGGUGUGUGGCUAAUGCAGGGGUGGUUAUUUUCAUACGAUCCGUUUUGGAGGCCUCCACAAAUGAAGGCACUUUUGCAGUCUGUUCCUGCGGGGAGGCUGGUAGUCCUCGAUCUGUUUGCUGAAGUGAAACCCAUAUGGAUUACUACAGAACAGUUUUAUGGCGUUCCUUACAUAUGGAAAGUUGGUGUUGGAAUGUCAAUGGAAGGUAUAGAACAAAACCCGAUUGUGUAUGAUCUCAUGUCUGAGAUGGCUUUUCAACACAACAAAGUUGAUGCAAAGGCCUGGAUUGAUCAGUAUUCUGCAAGACGUUAUGGCCAUUCAGUUCCUUCAAUACAAGAUGCGUGGAAUAUAUUAUAUCACACCCUCUAUAACUGCACCGAUGGUGCCUAUGACAAAAAUAGGGAUGUAAUUGUGGCAUUUCCCGAUGUUGAUCCAUCCUUUAUAUCAAUACCGCCUGAAGAGUGUCAACCAAAUGAGAACCCAGUAGCAGGGAGAGCAGUUCUGAAGGAAAUAACUGAUUCAUUUGAUCAACCUCAUUUAUGGUAUUCAACAUCUGAAGUGAUACGUGCAUUAGAGAUUUUUAUUGCAAGUGGAGAUGAACUCUCAGAAAGUAAUGCUUACAGGUAUGACCUUGUGGACCUGACUAGACAAGCUUUGGCUAAGUAUGCAAACCAGUUAUUUCUAAAGGUCAUAGAAGCUUAUCAGUUUAAUGAUGCCAUCGGAGUGGCUCGCCGCAGCCAGAAGUUUUUGGGUCUAGUUGAAGACAUGGACACACUCUUAGCCUGCCAUGAUGGAUUUCUCCUAGGACCUUGGUUAGAAAGCGCAAAGAAACUCGCCCAAGAUGAAGAACAGGAAAAGCAGUUUGAAUGGAAUGCUAGAACUCAGAUAACUAUGUGGUUUGACAACACAAAGGAGGAAGCAAGUCUGCUUCGCGACUAUGGAAACAAGUAUUGGAGUGGGCUUCUGCAAGAUUAUUAUGGCCCUCGAGCAGCUAUAUAUUUUAAGUAUUUAACACAAAGCUUAGAGGAGGGCAGUGAGUUUCGGUUGAAUGAUUGGAGGAGGGAGUGGAUAAAGCUUACAAAUGAUUGGCAAAACAGCAGGAAGGCAUUCCCUGUGAAAAGUAGUGGAAAUGCUCUCAACACAUCCAGAUUGCUUUUUGAUAAGUAUUUAGGAUCAAGUGCUGACAACAUACAAUCCCUGAAUGAAGCUGGAUUUGAUUCAGUUAGCACAAACAGUAGCUCAUUCCUUAUACCUGGAAUAUAUGUUCUUCCUCUAAGCUUUAAGCUUUUGAUUACAUCUCCCACCGCUCUCGAAAGCGCAAUUGCAGAUUUUGAUCUUUCCCGAGUAGCCUUAAGAUCUGAAGGGUCGUCGGGAAGGGUUUUCGGUUUGGUUAUCCUAACGACGUCGUCCCAAGUGAAGACAUCAUCGGAGGCUGAGACUGAUACAGGACGACAAGCGAGAACUUUGUGA